UCUCGAUCUGGACAGCUCCCGCCGAGCACGAGCGCUCUUGCGCAAGAAACCUGAAGCAACCAACGACGCCCGCUGCCGAGCUGAGCCUGAGCCUCGUCCAACUUGCGCCCGGCUGAAGCAAGGCGCGGAGAGGACUACAGCACCUAACGUGCAGUAGUCAGAGCACAGCAACACAGCUCGACAGCUCGACAGCUCGAGCUUUGCUUGCUGCUGCCGCUGUCCUGACCAGAGCCGGGGUGCUCUUUUCUGCAAUGCCUCCGAGAACCACCACCACCAACACCCUGACUGGCCAGUUUUCGCUGAGUCAAAGCGCCGAUAACGAUGUUACUUGCCCUCUGCAAAACAGCGACGGUAGUCACUGCAGGAAGCGAUGCCUCGGCGAGAAGAAGUACCGCUCGAUGCAAGAGCAUAUCCGCCGAGCCCAUCCCGAGUACUACAUCCCCAAGCUGCCGGCCACCAAGGAGAGCUUCGAGUUGAUGAUCAAUUCCCCUCCUCACGAGCGCCCCGAGAUUGAUCCCAACCACGCCAACCAUAACCGUGGCCAGCACAAUUACACACAACAGCAGCUCUCUGAUCCGUCAGGAUUUGCGAACCCCUUGAGCGGUGGACAUGAUGGUGGCUAUUACAGCAUCGCCGACGCCGAGGCCCAGGCGAUAUACAAUGGCUUUGAAGCCGGCCGAGGAUCGGCUGAAUAUCGCAGAGGCUCGCUGAUACCGGCCGCCUCUGCCGCCCAGGCCCUCGCACAGCUGCACUACCAGCACAAGGCAGAGUCAGACUGGCAUCAGGAUGACGGCUUGGCACAGAAUUCCUACGGCUUCGGGAACGAUGACUUCAAGAGCUCUCACCUCACCGUCGACCCUGCUUUGGAAGAUGCAAGCUUCAUGGCGGGUCAAGCGUAUCCAGCCACACUGGCUGGUGAGCAGUCUAGUCUUCUCCCCGGCCUAGCCCGUUCGCCUGACAGAGCGAACGCUCUGCCGCCCAUGCAGCGCAGCUUGUCAAGAUCAGGCCCGAUGAACAGGGCUCGAAAGUCCAGCUUGACCCAAGCCAGACUCGGUAAGCAUGAGCGUCGAAAGUCGAACGAGUACAAGAGGCGUAGCGGCGAC